AUGGCACGCCGCUCAGCACCCCCCGGCUCUGGCCCCGCAUACUACUCCGGCGCGCCCUCGCGCCGCGCGAUCGGCGACCCGAACGAGUCUGCGUUCUCGCAGUUCUUGCGCGAGGAGAUCUGGGCGCCCGAAAAGCUGCCGGGAAACGUCAGCAUUCUAACAGGGAUCGCGGUGUUCUUUGGGGGCAUUGCGGCAAUUAGGACGUUUGGCGACCUUAUGAUUCCUGCAUGA